UUAUAAAAGGCCAUCCGGGGAGCUGUACCCCACCUAGGAGCAGCUUCUCAACUCCUCGAGUCUCUGUGUGCUUCGGCCUCCUCGCCUCCUCUCCAGCCUCCACCAUGUCCAUCAGGGUGACCCAGAAGUCCUACAAGGUGUCCACCUCCGGCCCCCGGUCCUUCAGCAGCCGCUCGUACACCAGUGGGCCGGGCACCCGCAUCAGCUCCUCGGCCUUCUCCCGGGUGGGCAGCAGCAGCAGCUUCCGGGGCGGCCUGGGCAGCAGCAUGAGUCUGGCUGGAGGUUACAGUGGGGCCCCGGGUCUGGGGGGCCUCACAGCUGUCACGGUGAACCAGAGCCUGCUGAGCCCCCUCAAGCUGCAGGUGGACCCCGACAUCCAGGCCGUGCGCACCCAGGAGAAAGAGCAGAUCAAGACCCUGAACAACAAGUUCGCCUCCUUCAUCGACAAGGUACGGCACCUGGAGCAGCAGAACAAGAUUUUGGAGACCAAAUGGAACCUCCUGCAGCAGCAGAAGACAGCCCGGAGCAACAUAGACAACAUGUUUGAGAGCUACAUCAACAACCUCCGGCGGCAGCUGGAAACGCUGGCCCAGGAGAAGAUGAAGCUGGAAGUGGAGCUUGGCAACAUGCAGGGGCUGGUGGAGGACUUCAAGACCAAGUAUGAGGAAGAGAUCCAAAAGCGCACAGACAUGGAGAAUGAAUUUGUCAUCAUCAAGAAGGAUGUGGAUGAAGCUUACAUGAACAAGGUAGAGCUGGAGUCCCGCCUGGAAGGGCUAACUGACGAGAUCAACUUCUACAGGCAACUGUAUGAAGAGGAGAUCCGCGAGAUGCAGUCGCAGAUUUCUGACACCUCCGUGGUCCUGUCCAUGGACAACAGCCGCUCCCUGGACCUGGAUGGUAUCAUCGCCGAGGUCAAGGCCCAGUACGAGGAGAUCGCCAACCGCAGCCGGGCUGAGGCUGAGACCAUGUACCAGACCAAGUACGAGGAGCUGCAGACAUUGGCUGGGAAGCACGGGGAUGACCUCCGUCGCACGAAGACGGAGAUUUCCGAGAUGAACCGGAACAUCAACCGACUCCAGGCUGAGAUCGAGGGCCUCAAAGGCCAGAGGGCUUCCCUGGAGGCCGCCAUCGCCGAUGCCGAGCAGCGUGGGGAGCUGGCCGUCAAGGAUGCUCAGGCCAAGCUGGCCGAGCUGGAGGCCGCUCUGAGAACCGCCAAGCAGGACAUGGCACGGCAGCUGCGCGAAUACCAGGAGCUGAUGAACGUCAAGCUGGCCCUGGACGUGGAGAUCGCCACCUACCGCAAGCUGCUGGAGGGCGAGGAGAGCCGACUGGAGUCUGGGAUGCAGAACAUGAGUAUCCACACCAAGACCACCAGCGGGUACUCAGGUGGGCUGACCUCAGCCUACGGGACCCCUGGCCUCAACUACGGCCUGAGCUCCUACCAGUCCAGCUUGGGCUCUGGAGGGGCCUCUGGCUCCUUCAGCCGUACCAGUUCCAAGGCUGUGGUUGUGAAGAAGAUUGAGACCCGUGAUGGGAAGCUGGUGUCCGAGUCCUCUGACAUCCUGCCCAAGUGAAAGGCUCCUGCGAUCCCUCCCAGCCUCCCCUCUCACUUGCUCCUGCAAGAAGGAGUUAUGCAGGGGAGUGUUGGAACCAAAGACCUGAGGCUCAGUCCCGUCCUUAGCCCACCCCUGGGGGAGUCAACUGCCUGGGGCUCCCUCUCUUGCCCACGCCCCCAACUAAAAGCCAAUCCAAGUGUCUUUUUCAGAAUAAAGCUUCAGCUGGCUCUGCCAACACAU